AUGUUGGUGCUAAACUGUUCUACCAAAUUACUGAUGCUAGAGAAAAUAUUGAAGAAUCACUUUCCUGAAUCACUCAAGGUUUAUGGAGCGGUGAUGAACAUAAAUCGUGGGAAUCCCUUUCAAAAGGAAGUGGUACUAGAUUCAUGGCCAGACUUCAAAGCUGUUAUCACCCGAAGACAGAGAGAGGCUGAGACAGAUAACCUUGACCAUUAUACUAAUGCCUAUGCUGUGUUCUACAAGGAUGUCAGGGCUUACCAACAGCUAUUGGAAGAACAUGAUGUCAUUAACUGGAACCAAGUUUUUCAAAUACAAGGGCUACAGAGUGAGUUAUAUGAUGCUUCUAAAGCUGUUGCCAAUUCAAAGCAAUUGGAUAUAAAGCUGACUUCCUUCAAGGCUGUUCAUUUUUCUCCUGUUUCAUCUCUGCCAGAUACCAGUUUCCUAAUGGGGUCUUCCCCGCGACUCACCUAUCUGAGUGUUGCGGAUGCUGAUCUCCUCAACCGCACUUGGUCAAGGGGCGGCAAUGAGCAGUGUCUCCGGUACAUUGCCAAACUCAUCUCCUGCUUCCCCAGUGUGUGUGUCCGUGAUGACAAGGGAAACCCGGUAUCCUGGUCUAUCACAGACCAGUUUGCCACCAUGUGCCAUGGCUACACCCUGCCGGAUCAUCGCAGGAAAGGUUAUAGCCGGCUGGUGGCCAUCACGCUGGCCAGGAAGCUGCAAAGCCGGGGAUUCCCCUCUCAGGGAAAUGUUCUGGAUGACAACAUGGCAUCUAUAAGUCUUCUCAAGAGUGUCCAUGCUGAGUUCUUGCCUUGUCGUUUUCAUAGGCUUAUUCUUACCCCCAAACCUUUCUCUGACCAAGCUCACCUUUAG